UCAAGUUGAUCAGUCUGCUCAGGAAAACCUCUGGUGGAGAAAGUAUUGGGAGUCCAAGCUGAAGGGGAGAGAAGUUGAGCUUUCGUGCAAAGAAUUGUUUUGCUCCCGCAGAGGACAACAUAUAUCUCGGGGGGAAAGCAGCACACAUAUUUUAAAUUGCUCAUUUGAACUCUUUUUGCACGGUGCACAGAUCAUUAUUUUUUUUUAUAGAUAACAACACUCCUGGAUAAAGACUCUUGGCUUUAGCUUUAAAAAUCGGAUUAUCUGACUGAGGCAUUGUGUUCAUUAGACCAGUCCACUUUUUUCCCCUCCUCUUCGCAUUUCAGCUUUAUGCUAUAACUGCAGAGAACACCACAAUGAUUCUGAGUUUUUGCCUCCUGGUGACAUUUAUCUUGGGGCUGUCCGGCUGCUUGGGCUCAUACGUGCCGUGCGAGCCUUGUGACCAGAAGGCGCUGUCCAUGUGCCCUCCGGUCCCGAUCGGCUGCCAGCUGGUCAAGGAGCCGGGCUGCGGCUGCUGCCUAACGUGUGCCCUGUCUGAGGGGCAGGCGUGCGGCGUGUACACCGGGACGUGCACCCAGGGCCUCCGCUGCCUGCCGAGGAGCGGGGAGGAGAAGCCCCUGCACGCCCUUCUCCACGGCAGGGGAGUGUGCACCAACGAGAAAGGAUACAAACCCGCUCACCCGCCCAUAGAUCGCGAGUCUCGAGAGCACGAGGACACCAUGACCACAGAGAUUACAGAGGAGUUUCAGCCAGCGAAAGUGCCACUCCAUCCUAAAGACAUUGUGAACAGUAAAAAAGCCCUUGCGAUGCGCAAGGAGCAGAAGAGGAAGCAGGGCAAGCAGCGCUCCAUGGGCUCUCCCAUGGACUACUCCCCUCUGCCCAUCGACAAGCAUGAGCCUGAAUUUGGUCCAUGCAGAAGAAAACUGGAUGGGAUCAUUCAGGGGAUGAAGGACACUUCUCGUGUAAUGGCUCUGUCUUUGUACCUUCCCAACUGUGACAGAAAAGGAUUCUUCAAGCGCAAGCAGUGCAAGCCAUCUCGCGGCCGCAAACGAGGCAUCUGCUGGUGUGUGGACAAGUAUGGCGUCCAGCUCCCCGGCACAGACUACAGCGGAGGGGACAUUCAGUGUAAAGACCUGGAGAGCAGCAACAACAACGAGUGAAAAAGGAGAGGACCACCCACGACCCCCUAUCCCCCAUCCCCUAACUACCACGUGACCCAGGGUCCACGCCUCCUCUCCGAAUCACACCUGUAUGCUCCGCCCUCCAUUCACCUCAAGAUUUUUGUUUUUUCAAAUUGGAAAAAAAGGAA